GUAUUGGCGGCGGAGGGCUGGAAGGUGUGUCGGUCACUGCUGUCGCUCAGCUGUCAACCCCCCCCCCUCCUCCUCCUCAGUGUGUGUGUGAGAGAGAGGAGACGGCGAGAGAGAGAGAGAGAGAGAGAGAGAGAGAGAGAGAAGUUUCCUCUGGUCUAAGCGCACGGUCGUUGAUCGUUCACUUCGAUGGCACGUCCGUAUCCGUGUGCAGCGCUGCUGGGUUUGGAGCCUCGCCGCUUUCAACAGAUCUGAGGAAUCACAGCAAUCGUGUCACCAUCCAUGGCUGAAUUUGGAGGGAACAAGAGCGCCGUCGGACCACCGGUUGCUGGCCGGAAAGCUGCGUCAGGAGGAGCCGGAAUGAGUCUGGAGACGCACCGGGGAGAGCCGGUGUCAAACGGAAACUGCAGCGUGUCAGACACCGUGAAGAGGGUCCAGAACGAAUCCAGCUGCGAGUCCCCGACGUGGGAAGGCACAGGUUCAGAUUCAGCCUGCAAACCAAUCCCUCGACGCAGCAGUCUGAUCAAGGAUGGGUCACGUGCUGGUCGGGAAAGGAAGAAGACCGUGUCCUUCAGCAGCAGCCUGUCAGAGAAGAAGAUCAGCAGUGCUGCAGACUGUAUCCACUCCAUGGUUGAGGGGAGUGAACUGAAAAAAAUCCGAACAAACUCACGUGUUUACCAGCGUUACUACCUGCUGGACACAGGCCUCCAGGCUUUAUGCUGGGAGCCAUCCAAGAAGGAGUCAGACAAAGCCCGGAUCUCUCUCGCCUCCAUACGAGAGGUACGGACAGGUCGUAACACAGAAACCUUCCGCACCAGUGGAGUUUAUGAGCAGAUUUCAGAGGACUGUGCAUUCUCCAUCAUCUAUGGAGAGAUAUAUGAAAGCUUGGACCUGGUGGCCAACUCUUCUGAAGUAGCUAACAUUUGGGUUACUGGCUUAAGGUAUCUGAUGCAGUAUGGGAAACAUGCCCUCGACAUGCUCGCCAGCAGUCAGGACAGCCUACGUCUUGUCUGGCUGGAGCAGCUAUUCUCCUCUGCUGCUGAUUUGGACAGACAGGAAGGCAUGGAAGAAGGGAUCCACUUGCAGUCAGCCAUUAAGUUGAUACAGACUGUGAACCCUGGGGUGAGCAGCGGCAAAGUGGAGCACAGGUUUAAAGAGCUUCAAAGAGUUCGGGAGAGGAUGUGUGGCUUUACUCUAGACAAUGGAUCUGGAGUUAAAGAUAACAGCGAAAACAAAAGACUAAUAGAAAGAAAUGAGCUAGUCACCAAGCAGGAGUUCAUUGAGGUCUUCCAUGACUUUUGCACACGCCCGGAGAUCUACUUUCUUUUGGUGCAGUUCUCUAGCAACAAGGAGUUCCUGGACACCAAAGACCUGAUGAGGUUCCUCGAGGCUGAGCAGGGCAUGGCUCAAGUGAGUGAGGAAACCAGCCUGAAGCUCAUCCAGUCCCAUGAGCCAUCGGAGGAAGGCCAGCAGCAGGGAUACCUGUCACUGGAUGGCUUUACCAGCUACCUCACUUCGGUAGAGUGCCACCUUUUUGACAGGGAGCAUGAUACCGUGUUCCAGGACAUGUCCCAGCCUUUGUCUCACUACUACAUCAACUCCUCCCACAACACCUACCUCAUUGAGGACCAGUUUCGAGGUCCGUCUGACAUCUCCGGCUACAUCCGUGCCCUCAAGAUGGGUUGUCGAUGCGUGGAGGUGGAUGUUUGGGAUGGCCCUGAUGAGGAGCCAGUGGUAUGUACUGGACACACCCUCUCCCCACCACUGGCCCUGCGUUGUGUGUUAGAAGCAAUUGGAAAGUUUGCAUUUGUGGCAUCGGAGUAUCCAUUGAUCAUAUGUAUUGAGAACCACUGUUCACAUCGACAACAGAAAGUGAUGUGGCAACAUCUCGUGAGGAUAAUAGGGAAGAAGUUAUAUACAGGUUCCCCAGACGAAGGGGAAUCAUACCUACCAUCGCCCCAUGACCUAAGGCAUCGAAUUCUACUAAAGGGUAAAAAGUUGGGUCCAGGUUCUGAUGGUGAGGACGGAGAGGUAAGUGAGGAGGAUGAAGGGGCAGAGAUGUGUCAAAGGAUGAAAGCAGCUAACAGUGGAGGGGCAACACCUGGAGGAAAUGAGGACAUGGUGCAGAAAAGUGUCUCUUUCACAGCUGUCCCUCAGUCUAAUCCUCUUCAUAUUCCUCCCAAACGUUUCCAACUCUUGAAGGAGCUCUCUGACCUAGUAACUCUUUGCUGCUCAAUCCGCUUCAUUGACUUUACAACAUCGUCCGAAAGCCAAGAACCUUGGGAAAUGUGUUCCUUUCACGAAUCCCUGGCUGUGCGUCUUGCUGGCGAGAGCCCUGGCGACUUUGUCAAUCACAACAAGCAUUUCCUGUCACGGGUGUACCCAAGCCCCAUGCGUAUUGACUCAAGCAACAUGAACCCUCAGGACCUGUGGAAGUGCGGAUGCCAGAUUGUGUCUAUGAAUUUUCAGACAGCAGGACUGAUGAUGGACCUGAACACUGCCUGGUUCCGGCAGAAUGGGAACUGUGGUUAUGUCCUGCGGCCAGCCAUCAUGCGGCAGGAGGUGUCUUAUUUCAGUGCUGACACCAGAGACACAGUGCCUGGUGUGUCUCCACAGCUGCUCCAUGUGAAGGUUAUAAGUGGCCAGAACCUGCCCAAGCCGAGGGGUGCGGGUGCCAAAGGAGACGUGGUGGACCCCUACGUGUAUGUUGAGAUCCAUGGCAUCCCAGCUGAUUGCACAGAGCGCCGAACCAGGACUGUGACCCAGAAUGGGGACAACCCCAUCUUCGAUGAGAGCUUUGAGUUCCAGAUCAACCUACCGGAGCUUGCCAUGGUUCGCUUUGUGGUGCUGGAUGACGACUUCAUCGGCGAUGAGUUCAUAGGUCAGUAUACCAUCCCUCUGGAGUGUCUUCAACCGGGCUACCGACACGUACCACUCCAGUCUCUGACAGGGGAGGAACUUCCCCAUGCCAAGCUGUUUGUCCAUGUGGCCCUCACCAAUCGGAGAGGAGGGGGAAAGCCUCACAAAAGGGGUCUGUCUGUGCGGAAGGCCCGCAAGGGGAGGAACUACCCAGCUCUGAGGGACUUAGGGGUCCGGGCUGUGGAUGAUGUUUUCAAGAUGGCUGCUCCUCUGCUGAGGGAAGCCACUGACCUGAGAGAAAACAUGCAGAACUCAGUAGCAGUGUUCAGGGAACUGUGUGGGGUGUCUGUGGUGGCUAACCUCAUGCAGUGCGUACUAGCUUUGGGCUCCAGGGUGUCAGGACCAGACGGGGCUCCUUUACUACUGUUUGACCUCCGGGACCACUACCCCACCCUGGAGCCUCAGGGGCCCCUGCCAGACGUCCUUCGCCGGGUCGUCUCCACUUAUGAAAUGAUGGUCCAGGCGAGCAGAGCAGUGAUCGAGCUCUCUGAUGGAAUCUACGACCGGAUCCUGCACAUACAGACAAUGGCAAUGGAGUUUCAUGAGAAGCUGCAGAGCCUGGCGGCGAAGGAGGGGCUAAAAGGUCGCAAGGUCAGUCGAGCGCUGGAGAGUUUCAGCUGGAACAUCACCAUCCUUAAGGGUCAGGCUGACCUACUGAAGCACGCCAAAGCUGAAGUCCAGGAGAACAUGAAGCAGGUCCACGAUGCCGCUUUGACUGGAAACCUCACCAAGGAGAGUGCAGGACUGAGAAGAGUCCGCUCCCAGACACGACGAGGUCAGGAUGACAAACCCACCGCAAGCGCUAGAGGACCCUCUGCAUAGGAAGCAAAUGAUCAACUAAUGAGGACGCGACCAAAAUUGCCAUUGUAGCUGCUGUGAAAAACCCUUUUCAUGUCAUUAAAAUGUUUCAUCUUACUCUGACUUGGUGGCAGACUGACAAUCCAAUAUGAGACCUUAUAGCAGGUGCAGAGUUUUUGAGAGAGAAGAACAGAAGAGUGGGUGAAUGUAAAAGUCUUCACAUUGCAGCCACCUUCCACCCACCUGCUGCAGAUAACCCUGGAGAGCUGGUGAAGUCAGAGCGCUGCAGAAGAUAAAUGACACUGGAGAGAUGAAUGUAGUUAGAUUUAAAGCCAAGGUUCAGUUUGUACUGUAUUAAACUGUAAAUACAACAAGUGUCUAUUAACCUCUUCUUAUGUGCAAUGUGUCUUGAAGAGGGAGGGAAAUUUGUCAUUUUUCUGGCAUAGGCUGGGAUGACUCAGAACUCAGCCAAAAGAUGUUGAAAGCCUUUUGAAAACUUUUGAAAAACUGCCACCUCCACAUGUUAAAAGCUUGUGCUUCACAAAGCCACUGUCUAGCAAUAUCAAAUAAGGACUCAAAUCAAGAUUGGUUUAGGGUAUGUUUAACACAAUUUUAUGGAUUAUUUAAACAGGAGAUAAGCAGGAAUGUGUGGAUGUUUGUGUAGGUCUUUUAUCUCCUGGACCAGUGCGGCCCUUAAUAUCGACAUCCAUCUUAUUUCCAUUGAGCAUUUCGAGGUCCUGCACCGCUGCUCUUCAUCCAAUCACCUUUAGGUCCAUUCAAGUUACCCUUUGUUGUCUCAAAUACAGUAUUCUAUAUUUUUGUAUUUUCCCAAGGGCCUUGUGCUAAUUAAACCACUGUUAUUCACCACAAAGAUCAACUCCAGACCUGUAAAUGUAUGCCUGUAGGGAACAAAUACUGUUAUGUUUAAAGUGCUUACUUUGCGUGCAAAACACUGUACAGUAUUUUAUUAUGUAAUUCUAUCCUUUUGCUGUAAAGAAUAUUUUACAUAAGUUAUUGAUCCUGAAUGAAAACAUUCCAGAUAUAUGUUAUUGGUGCAGUAGAUGAAGCUCGACCUCUUCCGUUCUGUAAAAGGUUGCAGUUCAUGAUUACCUUCCUUCAGUCGGGAUGGAAAUAAACUAGU